CUCAUUGAGCAAUACUGCUACAUACACUGUAUGCUUUGUACAGGUAAACAGUUACUUCCUGCUCCUCUCCCCCCUCCCCCUGCACCUCCCCUCACAGGUGCUGUAGGUGCCAGGCUGGGAGCAUAGUACAGAAGGAAACAGUGGCUGCAGGAGCCUGGAGAUCUCCUUUCACUGAUGAGCCCGUGAUGUUCCAAGAAAAUGACUGCAGACAGUGACUGUGGUGUUCUGGACACUUUUAUUUCACCUCCCUCUGUGGAGCAGGAUCUGUGGCCGCACUUGGGCUCCAGCCUGUCUCUCAACUGCACUUUGCAACUCAGAGACUCAUGUAAUGGUUCCUUCACAUGGCUGAAAGACGGGAGAGCAGCACAGGACCUGUACAGAGGGCAGCAGAGUGCCUGGAUUGGUCUGAACAGCUCUGAAAGGUUCCUCUCCAGCAUCCUAGGGGUUAAUCUUACCACCGAAGAGGAUUUUGGAAGGUUUACAUGUCAGCUGCAGACUUUCUCUGCCUCAUUUACACUACACAGAACAGAUAAAGCAGGACACAUAGCAGCUGUCCUCUUUGCCCUCUGUGUGGUGGCUGUCUUGGUAGUGGGUAGCAUCUUGUACAUCAAGUGUCGCCUCAAUGCACGCCUUUGGUACAGAGACAAAUAUGGAGACCCAGAAAUAAACGAUGGACGUCUGUUUGAUGCGUAUGUCUCGUUCUGUCCAUCAAAUAUUGACACAAAGUUCACCAAUUUCAUUCUGAAACCUCAUCUGGAGAACAGAUAUGGCUUCAAACUACACCUGGAUGAGAGGAGUCUCCUGCCCAACACAGAGCCUUCUGCUGAGCUGCUUAUGAAUGUCAGCCGCAGCCGACGUCUGAUGGUGGUUCUAUCCCUGGCGUAUCUGGAGCAGGACUGGUGCCAAAACAGCUUCAGGGACGGUUUGUACCGCCUGCUGGAGCUCUCGCACAGACCUAUCUUUAUCCUGUUUGAGAAUCAGUACAAGGACCUGCCCCCAGAAGUCACCCAGCUGCUGAGCUCUCGCAGAGGCACCCUGAAGACACUGCUCUGGAAGGCUGACUCUGUGUCUCCAGCGUCUGACUUCUGGAAGGAGCUGCGCCUUGCACUUCCUCGCAAGAUUUCUCUAGUGGAUGGGAAAGGUGACCCCCAGACUCAGUGUCAGGAUGAUAAGGAUCCUAUGCUGACUGGCAGCAGUGAGGCUGCAGAUCCUGACCCUGAGGGAGAUCUUGGUGUGCGAAGAAACCUUUAUAAAGCUCCACCACCCCGGAUGGCCCCAAAGAUGCUUGCGGUACAAAGAGAACCCACUGGAGAGGUGGACAUCUCAGAUUUAGGGUCACGGAACUACUCUGCUAGGGCAGAUUAUUAUUGUCUGACGACUGAACCUGACCUAUAGGAUGAAGAGAGGAGUAAGUGAAGGAAGGUGAAGAGUAGGGACUUUAAUGUAAAAGCCGCAAAGACGCCAAUAACCCAUGGGUUACAUAGGUGAUGUAGGAGAGAGACAGUAUUGUAACAGUAUGAAAAGAGGACUCUAAAACAUGGGCAGAUUGCAACACCCAGAUCUUACUGUACUACACCUUCCAUGAUGCCUGCGGUCUGGCUGAGUGUUGCUGGGGAUGUAGCAACAGACGGAUAACUGAAGGCUGCUCAUCCCUAGUACGAGGACAAAGUACAUAUGAACUGGAGGAAAUCAGCAAACCUUGUAUCUGCUACGACUAAGAGUUGUAACAGUGACAGAAACGGUUCUUAAAGGAAAACAUAUUUUAUUUUGUGUUUUUUAACAUGACAUAUAAUAAUAAUUUUGUCAGAAAAGUGUUUUUAUAACGGAACAAUUACAGUUAAAUAAUUUCAUUUUAUGCACCCAUUUGUACAAAAAUCAGGAAACGCUAGCAGGCCAGGAAUUGUAGACGUAUGGAACAACCAGAACAGCAAUUACGGUACAUCCCAGUUUUAUUGCCUGAGAGCUACUGGGAAAACCAUUGUACUAGAGACAGACACGUGCUUUAUAUGCUUUUCCGUCUUCUGAGAUGCAAGAAACUAUGGGGCAGAUGUACUAAGCCUGGAGAAGCGAUAAAGCAGUGAUAAGUGGAAGAUGAUAAGGCACCAGCAUAGGCGUUUCUAUAACUGCAGCCAUAUUGUAUACUUACCCCUCCGGAGUCCUGCGGCGAUGGACCAGUAGUGCGGGCACAAAUCACUUAGAAAAUGCCUGCCACGCCAUUUCUGAGUGAUUUGCGCAUGCGCACUAGAGAUGUCCCCGGGAACAAGGCGCAGGCGCCAUGUUCCCAGAGACCUGCUCAUGCGCAGUAGACUGUUUAUGCCAGAGUCUACUAGCUGCCGGAGAGGAGGGUGCCCGCAAUGGAGGCUGCACCCGGGUGCCCUCCUCUCCUAAAACACCCCUGGGCACCAGACAAUCAAGGGUUUGAAAAAUGACAGUUUGUAGCUGAUUGGCUGGUGCAUUAUCACCUUCCACUUAUCACUGCUUUAUCACUUCUCCAGGCUUAAUACAUCUGCCCCUAUGUUGGCUGUGCAUCCUGCCAGACCGAAGAACUACUGGAAAAUCAGGAAGUACUGUAUUACGAUAGUAAUAUCAAAGACCAUAUGACUAAUCUCAGUGCCAUCUGGGACCAUUGUAGCUGCAGCAUAUUUGCAUACAGUUCCAAAUUGGAUACAGCUAGUGAGAAAGUGGGUGGCUUUUCUCCUGUAGUUAGUCUUUUGAGUCCAACUGAAUUCUAAGCAAAUGCAUCCUAAACACACACAGGAGCACACUGGCGUUUCUAUAAUAAUGCAGUAUGUAUGGUGCACACGGGCCCCUGAGUCCAGAGGGGGCCCCCAUCGCACUCACUGCACCCAUUUUUAAAAUACCCCUCCGAAGUCCAGCGCCGGCAUCCGCAGCGCUAUUAGAACACAGUGAAAAUGGCUCAGCUGCCAUUUUUUACGGAGUUCUGUGCAUGCGCAGUAGAGAAAUUUCAGGGGAAAUGGCCGCCGCACCAUUUUCCCGGAGAUCUGCGCUCAGACUCUACAGCGCUCUGGGCAGAGAAAAGGGGGCCCAAACGGAGGAGUCUGAACACGGGCCUCCUCCUCUUUUCCAACGCCCCUGCAGGAGCAUAUGUACUAAACUUUAUGUAGUCAUGUGACCGGUGGUCGGGAGACUGCUGGUCACUAUACCGAUGCCUGAAUCCCGAGCAUUGGACACCUGACUAACAGGCACUAUUCCCAUUCAUGGGUGUUCACAACACCCAUAAAGUGAGACUAGAACCUGUGGCGAGCGCAGUGAGCCACCGAACCUGCUGCGUGGCGAGCCCUCAUGGGGCUUCAUUGCACUUGCCCCCCCUUCCCCGCCGGCAUUCUGGAGACCGGGAUCCCAGGGUCGUUGUAAUGACCUCCGGGAUCCCAAAUGCCGGUUUCCCAAUACCAACCCAUAUUAAACACAUUUUGCUGGAAAUCCCCAAUAAGAGAAAUGCAAGUGUCUGAUGGAUAUAUCACAGGGGUUCCCCAGCAAAUAUCUGCUGACGUUUCCUUGUUUCUGAUCACAUAGGUUUCUAUGAGGCCUGCUAUAUUGUGAGAUUCACCAAGUUCAGGAAUGCAACGAUACAGCCAUUGUGACAUCUACAAAGUUAGGUAAUGGCUGAUGUGAUCACUUUACACACUGAAGACAGGGGCUCCUAUCGUAACCCAUGUCCCUGGAUUGUUCCUUCAUCCAUCUGCACAGUACAGAAUUUCUUAACGCUGCACGUAGUGGCUAUAAGAAUUCUAAUUACCAAUACAUAAUAAAUGGGCGCCACAGACCUAUUAGAUAUUGCACAUUGACAUUUAUUUAGGAGACAAUACUUGGAACCUACUAAUUAAUAUAAAACAAGAACACCUUCCAUAUCAUAUAUUGGGCAGAUAACUGCAAAGAGAACAUCAUUAAAAUAGGAAAGGGAGAUUAUAAGUGACGUUGUGCAAUGCUGCUUGGAUGUACAAGACAAAUACUUGGGUGGAGGUAAGGUCACUCAUCAUACAGUAUAUGGAAUGUAACGUGUCUGGCCUGUUAAUCAUCUGAUCAUACACCGGUUAAUGAAUGAUGCUAAGAAAAAUCUAACGUUAAUUUACUGCCUAUGUUACAUAUUAACAAUGCUGUUCUGUCUCCAGCAUUGUACUAAUUGGUUGUAUAUUUCCAAAUAUAUAAAUAUGUUGUUAUAA